CCAAGAAGAUACGGGAGAAGUUUAACCGCUACCUGGAUGUGGUGACUCGCAAUAAGCAGGUGGUGGAAGCGUCGUACACUGCGCAUCUGACGUCCCCGCUCACCGCCAUCCAGGAUUGCUGCACCAUUCCACCAUCAAUGAUGGACUUCGAUGGGAAUUUCAAUACGAACGUCUCCAAAACGAUCAGCUGCGACAGACUGUCCACGACGGUAAAUAGCAGGGCAUUCAACCCCGGGAGAGACCUAAAUUCAGUUCUUGCAGACAACCUGAAAUCGAACCCUGGUAUUAAAUGGCAGUAUUUUAGCUCGGAGGAAGGUAUUUUUACACUGUUUCCAGCACACAAGUUCAGAUGCAAGGGGAACUAUGAGCACCGCAGCAGACCCAUAUAUGUGUCCACGGUAAGACCGCAGUCGAAGCACAUUGUUGUCAUCUUGGACCACGGGUCGUCGAUCACGGAGACGCAGCUACAGAUCGCCAAAGACGCGGCACAGGUUUUCCUGAACUCCAUCGAUGAGCACGAUAAGAUUUCAGUCCUGGCCGUCGCCGACGUGGUCAGAACCUGCUCCCUGGACCAGUGCUACAAGAUGUUCCUGUCCCCGGCCACCGGUGAGACCAAGCGAGAGAUGGCCAGCUUCGUGGCUAGCAUGAAAUCCUCAGAUAGUCCUACCCAGCAUGCCCUGGGCUUCCAGAAAGCGUUCCAGCUGAUCAGAAAUACGAGUAACGGCACAAGGGUCCAGCCAAAUACUGACAUGGUGAUCAUCUAUCUGUCCGCUGGAAUAACCUCAAAAGAUUCGUCAGAAGAAGAUAAGAAAUCGACGCUGCGGGUGAUCAGCGAGGAGAACGGUCAGCUGAACAACUCGGUCAUGAUCCUCACAUACGCCGUAAUGAACGAGGGAGUAACUGGUUUGAAAGAGCUGGCGUUCCUUCGCGACCUCGCAGAGCAGAAUUCGGCCAAGUACGGCGUGUCGGACCGGAGCGCACUCCCCGUCACCAAGGGGAGUAUGAUGGUCCUCAAUCAGCUCAGUAACCUGGAGACCACGGUCGGGAGGUUUUACACCAACCUCCCAAACCGAAUGAUUGACGAAGCAGUCUUCAGUCUCCCGUACUCCGACGAGAUGGGCGACGGUCUGAUUAUGACGGUCAGCAAACCUUGUUAUUUUGGGAACAUGCUCCUGGGAAUCGUGGGGGUAGACGUUAACCUCGCUUACAUCCUGGAGGAUGUUACCUAUUACCAGGACUCGUUGGCUUCAUACACAUUCCUCAUCGAUAACAAAGGUUACACGCUGAUGCACCCCUCCCUCACCAGGCCGUACCUGCUGGUGGAGCCCCCUCUGCACACGGAUAUCACACACUAUGAGAACAUUCCCAAGUUUGCGUUGGUUCGGCAGAAUAUUCUCAGCCUCCCCCUGGGCAGUCAGGUUAUUGCAGUGCCUGUGAAUUCCUCGCUGUCUUGGCAUGUCAACAAGCUGCGGGACCCUGGGAAGGAGGCGUACAAUGUCAGCUACGCCUGGAAGAUGGUACAGGACACCUCCUUCAUUCUGUGUAUUGUGGUGAUACAGCCUGAGAUCCCAGUGAAACAGCUGAAGAACCUGAACACCGUGCCCAGCAGUAAGCUCCUGUACCACCGCCUGGACCUCCUGGGCCAGCCCACCGCCUGCCUCCACUUUAAGCAGCUGGCGACACUCGAAAGCCCAACGGUUAUGCUGGCAGCCGGCAGCUUCUCUUCUCCAUAUGAGCAUCUGAGUCAGCCGGAGACCAAGCGGAUGGUGGAACACUACACGGCGUAUCUGAGCGACAACACGCGUCUGAUCGCAAACCCGGGCCUCAAGUUCUCAGUCAGGAAUGAAGUCAUGGCUACCAGUCACGUCACCGAUGAAUGGAUGAGACAGAUGGACAUGAGCAGCCUAAACAGUUACAUUGUCCGCCGUUACAUAGCAACACCCAAUGGGGUGCUGCGGAUAUACCCCGGGUCUCUCAUGGAUAAAGCAUUUGAUCCCACUAGGAGACCAUGGUAUCUGCACGCGUUGGCCAAUCCCGGCCUGAUCACUUUCACCGGACCAUACCUGGAUGUGGGAGGAGCCGGCUACGUGGUCACCAUAAGCCACACGGUCCAGUCUGCCAGUCCCCAGAUCUCCUCCGGAUACACCAUGGCUGUGAUGGGAAUUGACUUCACUUUGCGCUACUUCUACAAAGUGCUGAUGGAGCUUCUUCCAGUCUGCAAUCAGGAUGGGGGAAACAAAUUAAGGUGCUUCAUCAUGGAAGACAGGGGCUACCUUGUGGCACAUCCUACGCUCAUCGAUCCGAAGGGCCACGCUCCGGUGGAACAGCAGCACAUUACGCACAAGGAACCUCUGGUGGCAAACGACAUUCUGAACCACCCCAAUUUUGUUAAGAAGAAUCUGUGCAACAGUUUCAGCGACAGAACGGUCCAGAGAUUUUACAAGUUCAAUACGAGUCUUGUGGGGGAUCUGACCAACCUGGUUCAUGGCAGCCACUGUUCCAAAUACCGUCUGACGAGGAUCCCCGGGACGAACGCUUUUGUUGGAAUUGUGAACGAGACCUGCGAUUCGCUGGCUUUUUGCGCUUGCAGUAUGGUGGACCGGCUGUGCUUGAAUUGUCACAGGAUGGAGCAGAAUGAGUGUGAGUGUCCCUGUGAGUGCCCCCUGGAGGUGAACGAGUGCACUGGAAAUCUGACGAAUGCUGAAAGCAGGAACCCGAGCUGUGAGGUCCACCAGGAGCCCAUGACGUUCACCGUACUCGAUCCAAACCUUCAAGACUCCCUCGCUCAAUGUGUCAACACGGGCUGUACCCAGAGGAUGGAGAGCAGCUACUGCUUUGGCGUUCUAGAUUGCGAGUGGUGUAUGGUGGACAGUGAUGGGAAAACCCACCUAGACCGGCCGUACUGCGCUCUCCAGAAAGAAUGUUUUGGCGGCAUUGUUGGAGCUAGAAGCCCAUACGCUGAUGAUAUGGGUUCCAUAGGAGACGAAGUGAUCACGCUGAACAUGAUAAAGAGUGCCCCAGUCGGACCGGUUGCUGGAGGUAUAAUGGGCUGUAUUAUGGUUCUCGUGCUAGCGGUCUAUGCUUACCGUCACCAGAUCCAUCGUAGGAGCCACCAGCACAUGUCACCAUUGGCGGCACAAGAAAUGUCCGUGCGCAUGUCAAACCUAGAAAAUGACCGCGAUGAGCGAGACGACGACAGCCACGAGGAUCGCGGAAUCAUCAGUAACACGAGGUUUAUAGCGGCGGUGAUUGAGCGGCACGCGCACAGUCCGGAACGCCGGCGGCGUUACUGGGGUAGAUCGGGGACGGAGAGUGAUCACGGCUACAGCACGAUGAGUCCUCAGGAAGACAGCGAGAACCCUCCGUGCAAUAACGACCCCCUGUCGGCCGGGGUGGACGUUGGGAACCACGACGAGGAUCUAGAGCCGGACACCCCCCCUCAGACUGCCGCUCUAUUGAGCCAUAAAUUCCACCACCACUACAGACUGCACCACCCAGCUCUGCAUCACAGCCACCACCUGCAGGCGGCGGUCACCGUACAUUCUGUGGACGCAGAGUGCUGACGAACUCUUAAGGGAACUUGCUAGACAAUGACAGUGACCCCAAGUGCCGGUACCGUCGUCUUUUCCAGCCAGUCUCCUGCACAGGAUUGCAAGUGGCUACGGGACUGCGCGACGGGCUGUACUGUACUGCCGACUGGCCGAAGGCCGUCUCUACUAAUUUACUAGGAGGCUGCCAACGUGCUGCGGAAAAAUGGGACGAUGGUCUUAACACGAGACGGAUCUACGCAGUUUUUGUUUUUGUUUUUUUUUACGAAUUGAGCUGGAUAAAUAUGUAAAACAGAUGAAGAUAUUUCUUUAAAAAAAAGAAAAAGAAAAAAGUAUUUAAAGAAAAAAACGGACUGUACUCGCGAUGAGUAGAAUUGUUAAUAGUUUCUUGAAAAUGCAUCUCACUUUUUAAUGAAAGGAUUAUUUUUCUACUAUUUAUUGAAUUUUUUCGAAGACUUAUAGACAAUGGAAUCCUACCCAACCCGAUGAUUUCUACAGCACCACUCACUCCAUUAUGCAGCGAGGGAUUCUGUAUCCUGCGUACACCAAACAUUACACCCGCAGGAGGCGGCUCCCCAGGGAUUCUUACAAACCAGAAAUGCGUUGCUGAACAAUCUUGGAAUUUGUUUCUCCUCCGAAAAGGGAGGGCGACUUGUGUUAUCGCGUAUUAGCCUUUAUCCAGAUGUCUUUAUGUAUAAGCGAGGACGAAGAGAGUCACUCUGGAACUUGUAGUACCAGUAAGACGAAGAUAUCAUUUGUAAUAUUUGGUGUUCACCGGUACCUUCUUGCUGUAUUUAUAACCCAAUUUUUUAUUGUUAUAUUUUUAAAUAGAUUUUAACCACUUUUUUUUUUUUAACAAGACUGGUUUUCCCUCACAACCACUACGUUUAAACGAUUUACCCUCAGGGAGGUUAGCGCUGGUUUGCUGGUUAAUGUGCCGCCGACAUCCCGCAGAUUUAAGGUGCCCUGGAGAACGAACAGAUUCUUCCUUCUGUUCCACUGCAGUUGAGCAAAUAAAGAAACGCGUUUUAUAGGUUCCAGCAACUUUUUUUUGUGUGUGUGCUCGUUUCCAAUGGCUUGCAGACAGUGUUGAAAUGCCCAUACACAAAAUUGCGCUGAGGUGAUAAUGAGUAGCAAUGCCCUGCAUUGGUUCCAGGGCCUCCUCCAGGUUUUGACGGCCUCACGGGUGGCCCUUGUUCCUUUCAACUAUACUACAUGUGCCUCCCUGUCAGCCGUGUCCGCUGCCUUACUGCAAUGUCUACGCUCCUGGAACCACAGGACCAAGCAGGGAUCACCUUAGGCUUCUGUCUGAUGGAGUCUACUGGGAGCUCCAGAACAUUUAAUUCUUGUGUCUAAUCAUUGGCUGACACCAGGCCGGCAUCAAAGUGUUUCUGAAUAGUGAAUGGCAGUAUUGGAACCAGAGGCCAAGGGGUAAGUUUACUAAAGCCUCUAAAACAGAGAAUUUGUGAUGUUGCCCAUAGCAACCAAUCAGACGCUGUCUAUCAUUUCUCUAUCAUUUGAUUGGUUGCCAGGGGCAACUUCACCAAUUCUGUUUUAGAAGCUUUAGUAAAUGUACCCCUUAGAAUAGGCUGGCGGUGUUCAGCGCUGUUACCGAACACACCCAGUAAUUCAGCGUCUAUGUUAUAGUUUUAGUAAAAACAAGCAAAUAAAAAAAGGUUGAAGACGAAAGGUUUUCUCAGCAAGCUCCAACUCCCGGUAACAGAUUGCAAUAAAUUAUCCAAAAUGCAAUUUAUCACAAUUGCAACAAAUACAGUGUUGCGAUUAUAAAUUUAUUAGGAUGUUAUUUCCAGUUUUUGGAAAUCUAUAAUUAAUUUUGAAGGCAGUUUAUAGUCAUUUUGUUCUGUGUAGCGAGAGCUUUACCUGUUGGGUUUACUCCUCUCUGGCCCAGAUUUAUCAAGCCUUGGAGAGUGAUAACUUGCAUGGUGAUAAAGAACCAAUCGGCUCCUGUCAUUUUUCAAACACAGCCUGUAACAUGGCAGUUAGAAGCUGAUUGGCUGAUACUUUAUCACUCUCCAAGGCUUGAUCAAUCUGAGCCUAUAUAUGGUUUGCUGACAAUUUGAUAGUCCUUUAAUAUAAGAUCAUAUUUGGGCGACCGCUGUAUUCUCCCGUGUAAUGUAUUCAUGGGACUAGCGACGGCGGGUUUUUUUAUACACUCCUUAUGGCGAAUUAUUUUACUAAGCGGAGUUGAAUCGCUUGUGAGACUUUCCUGUCAGAGUCCAGUGCAGAUCUGCAUCUUAUUUUUUUUUUAAAGGGUACCCGUUAACUUUAGUGGGCGAAUGGGUAAGUAGAUGGCUGGGAGAGACCGUACAGCGCUGAGGUUGUGAUAUGGCAGCAAUCUUUAUACUGUGUAUAAAACUGCAAGCAAAUGAUACAUGUCUGUAUAUAAGAAUGGUUUUGUUGUGAAUAAUUUGGGGGUUAUUAUAAUUACUUUCAUGUUUCUGCAAAAUUAUUUCUAUGUAAGGAUCCAUAACGUUUCUACAGCCUAAACUUAAAUAAAAAAAAGUUAUUUGUCAAAA